AUGGUAGGACACCACCCUACCUCAAACAGUCAACAUCGACACAGGAAAAGGCCACAGCAAGAAGACCUCAAGGUCUGCUGGGCCAAUGUUGGCAGGAGCUCACCCUGCCACAUAUCGAUUCUACAAAUUGCCUACCAAGAGAAGAUUGACGUCCUAUGCAUCCAGGAACCCUUCACCUGCUCGCGGUCAAGAACCUCUACACAUCCCGGCUUCCAACACUAUGCCCCAAUAGACCAAUGGGAUGACCUGCACCGCAACGAAGCAGGCCGCCCAAGGGUCAUGACAUAUAUCCGAAAG